AGGACCUGUUAACCGGCUUAUUCGAAAAACUUAAAAAUCCGCCCAUUUCAAGGACUAUAUACUCCUUCUAGCACAAACCCCAGUCCUUGAAAUAUAGGAUCUCUUUUUUGUUCCCUUCUCCCGCGUGGCUUGUGAGACUUUCACUUGAUUGCUUACUAACUGGCACUUUUGCAAAUGCAAUCAACACCAAUACGAACAGAUACAGAGAAUGAUGUCUCCGGUCACAAAGACUUCUCAGACGUGGUACAAGGUGAGGAUUACGAAAUACGGCAGUCGGUCGAGGCCAUCUUUCCGGUGAAGCAUAAGAUUCAAGCUCUUGGAGAUUAUAAACCUCCCACGGUGAUGAGCAAACUAUCAGCAAACCAAUUGGUAAUGAUAGCGGGCGCCUCGUCCGGGUUCCUCGCGGGGGUGGCGGUCUGCCCGUUGGAUGUGGCCAAGACCCGGGCCCAGGCUCAAGGUGCCUUUGGGAAUCAGAAGACCCAGAUAAUGAGAGGAUACGUGGAUACCUUCAGAACCAUUGUGCGAGAUGAAGGAUUCAAGGGACUUUACCGAGGCGUGGUUCCCAUAACCGUGGGAUAUCUCCCCACAUGGAUGAUCUACUUUACUGCAUACGAAAGAGCCAAAGACUUCUAUGGCCACUUUUUGAAGGAGAACUUUGGUAUCAACGCAACCGGAGUCUCCCACUUUUUCUCGGCUAUAACGGCAGGACUGGCUUCGUCGAUUGCCGUGAAUCCCAUUUGGGUGGUCAAGACCAGACUAAUGAUCCAACGGGGGAACCACCAAGCAGCAUCCCCAAAUGGCACCUACUACACCGGAACCAUUGAUGCGUUUCGCAAAAUGUACCGCCAAGAGGGAUUACGGGUGUUCUACAGCGGACUUGUGCCUUCAUUGUUUGGACUUCUUCACGUGGGGAUCCAUUUCCCGGUCUACGAAUACUUGAAGGAAGUGUUGGGAUGUAAUAACAAGGACCCUCACAGAAUGGCAUCUGAGGGCACUUUACUCAAGCUUAUCUUCUCAUCAACUGUUUCUAAAACCACUGCCAGCACCAUCACAUACCCCCACGAGAUUCUCCGGACACGGCUCCAGGUCCAGGACGUGUCGCUGGAGAACCCGAGGAAGAAGCAACCGUUGAAGCAGAUCAUCCAGACGAUUUAUGCCAAAGAGGGACUUCGAGGAUUUUAUGCUGGGUAUGGCAUCAACUUGGUGCGGACGUUACCGGCCAGUGCAGUGACGUUGGUGAGUUUUGAGUAUUUCAAAACGUAUUUAUUAGAGAUAAACGGCUACGCAUAACGAGGUAUUCAUUAGAGAUUAAUCGGUAUGUGUAACCCUGAGAUAUUAUUAGCAUGUGUAUAGCAUUUGUGUAGCAUUUAAAGUUAUUUUUCAAUCCCG